CUUAAUUAAUUUCAUCUCAAGGAUUCGAGUCGAACAACAAUGGUGAAUCUUGUAGCAGCCCAGAAACCUCUGGUCCACGCCCUCAUGAAAAUGGCUGGAAUUACUCAGCACGCCCUGGAAAUCGAACCAGGCACUGUAAUGACCAUUUGGGUCCCGUCGGAGACGAUCAAGAAGCCCAAGAAGUCCAACAAAACCACCUCCCCCUCCGACGCCGCCGCCGCCGCCGCCGGAACCACCAAGCCUACCAAGCCCGUCGUCGUCCUCAUCCACGGCUUCGCCGCCGAGGGCAUCGUCACCUGGCAAUUCCAGGUGGGUUCGCUGACGAAGAAGUACGCGGUGUACGUGCCGGACCUGGUGUUUUUCGGCGGGUCGACGACGGAGCGCGGCGAGAGGUCGCCGGAGUUCCAGGCGGAGUGCGUGGUGAAGGGGCUGCGGAAGCUGGGGGUGGAGAGGUGCACGGUGGUGGGGUUCAGCUACGGCGGGAUGGUGGCGUUCAAGAUGGCGGAGAAGCAGCCGGAGCUGGUGGCGGCGGUGGUGGUUUCGGGGUCGAUAUUGGCGAUGACGGACUCGAUAAGCAAGACGACGCUGUCGGAGCUGGGGUUCUCGUCGUCGUCGGAGCUUCUGCUGCCGACGUCGGUGGAGGGCUGUAAGGCGCUUCUCAAAGUCGCCUGCUACAAGAAGCUUUGGUUCCCCGAUCGGCUCCACAAGGACUUUCUCGAGGUGAUGUUCAAUAAUAGAAAGGAAAGGGGCGAGCUGCUGGAUGGCCUCCUUGUUAGCAACAAAGAACACACUCCCAUUCCCAACUUCUCUCAGAGAAUACAUCUUUUGUGGGGGGAGAAUGAUCAAAUAUUCAACCUUGAACUUGCUAAAAAUAUGAAAGAGGAGCUUGGAGACAAUGCAACGUUCGAGGGAAUUAAGAAAGCAGGUCACCUCGUCCAUCUCGAAAGGCCAUGUGUCUAUAACAGAUGCCUCAAACGAUUUCUUGCCACAUUACAUGGCUAAAAAACGAUUGUUACGAUUGAAUCAAUUGGAGAAAUUAUUUGUGAUUCUUUUCCACUAGAAGAUAUUUAUGUAUUGUAACACAUCGAAUCAAUAUCGAUGGUAUGGUAUUUUUCACAUAUAUAUAUAUCUAUGAAAUUGUUCGUAAUAAACUUUCAACUAAUAGAAUGACAUCUUCAAAUUU